AUGCCCCUCUCUCCCUUCCGGCAUCUUCGCCUUCUCUCAACCCUUCGAUCUCCGCGGCCGGUCCUUUCUUCAUCUCAAGUAUUGUUUUUUACUAGAUUCAUGGCUACCGCGCGUGAGCAGCCAGCAUGGCGCCAGCCGACUGCUCAUCCUGAGGCGCAAUCGCGUCUCCCGUCCUUGAAGGUAUACAAUUCGCUUACCAAGUCGAAGACACCGUUUAUCCCAAUCGACCCUCAAGGGAAGAAGGUGGCCUGGUAUGCUUGCGGACCGACAGUAUACGACGAUGCGCAUCUUGGUCACGCCAGAAACUAUGUCAGCACCGAUAUUAUUCGACGUAUCAUGCGGGACUACUUCAAGUUCGACGUACACUUUGUUAUGAACAUUACCGACGUCGAUGAUAAGAUUAUCCUUCGAGCUCGCCAGCAGCACUUGUUCACGAGAUUCGUCACAAACCAUCCUACAAUCGACGACAAGGUUCUCGACGUCGUUAAGAAGGCAUACACCGCUUACCUGAAGAAAAACCUGCCGCUACUGAGCCCCGAUCUUCCCCCGUCGCAGUAUCCGAAGGAGGUGGAAAAGGCUUAUGCGACUAUAUUGAACGGAGGGCCUUUGCCGGGUAACGAGAAAGCUGGUGACGAUGAAGCCAAGGUUAAGAUGCAUAUCAAGACUGUGUUGUCAGCGGCGAACGUUUACGCGGAGGCGGAGAAGCUGGACAAGUCCGCACAAGGAACUUUCCCAGAGCGGUUCUACACUGAUGCGCAAGACCUUUUGCUCCCAUACCUAGACGCACAGGAGGGAUCCUCUAUAGAUGCGGACGAUCAUGGGAUCUUUACGAAGUUGACACGAAAGUACGAAGACCGGUUUAUGAGAGAUAUGGAUGACCUGAAUGUACUCCGCCCGGACGAGCUGACUAGGGUAACUGAAUAUGGGCAAGAGAUUGCCGACUUUGUGGAAAAAAUCGUGGAAAACAAGUUUGGCUACGUCUCUGCGGAUGGCUCUGUGUAUUUUGACAUCAAUGCCUUCGAAGAAGCGGGCUUCCCAUAUGCACGCCUUGAGCCUUGGAGCCGCUCUGAUAACAAAUUGCUCGCCGAGGGAGAGGGUGCAUUGAUAAACAAAGCUACCGAGAAGCGCUCCCAAUCUGACUUUGCGCUUUGGAAGUCCUCCAAGCCUGGUGAGCUGAGUUGGUCAAGCCCUUGGGGCCGAGGCCGGCCUGGAUGGCAUAUCGAAUGUUCGGCGAUGGCAUCCGCCCGCCUCGGCAAGCAAAUGGACAUCCACUCCGGUGGUAUCGAUCUUGCCUUCCCCCACCACGACAACGAAUUGGCGCAGAGUGAGGCUUACUGGCACUCGCAUGACGAUCAGUGGGUCAACUACUUCCUACACAUGGGGCACUUGUCCAUCCAAGGGUCUAAAAUGUCGAAGUCUUUGAAGAACUUCACAACAAUUCGUGAAGCUUUGGAAAGGAGGGAAUGGACGCCGCGUAGUUUGAGAAUUGUAUUCCUGCUUGGUGGUUGGAAAGAUGGCGUGGAAAUCACCGAUGACCUUGUCAACGCCGGUAACUCGUGGGAAGACAAAUUGAACAACUUCUUUAUCAGGGUUAAAGACCCCGCUGGACUCCAGGGGAACUCCUCAAGUUCUGAUUCCACACUUGUCGACGCAUUGGAGGCAGCUAAGACCGCUGCGAACGAGCAACUCAGCGAUUCCUUCAACACCCCGGGGCUGAUGGGCACUAUCUCGGAGUUGAUCACCAAAUACAACAGUGCGGAUAAAUCUACGCUGAACCCGAAGGACGUCGAAGCAAGCGCUCGAUGGGUAACCUUCAUGGUUAACAUGCUUGGACUUAACGGCGACACCCCCGUCGACACUCAAGAGAUUGGUUGGAGUGGUAUUGACGUCCCCGAAGAGGCCAAACCGUUCCUCUACCCCCUUUCUACCAUGCGUGAUUCCCUACGACAAGCCGCACGGGCUAAGACACUCAACGCGGAAGAGGUCUCAAAAAUUGUAGAACGAGGUGCCGUGUCAGGCGCCACAACAGACGCUACCCAGCCUUACGCUACCGUUGUGUCUGAUUUCCGCAAUAAGCUGUCUUCCCUGGACGAAUCCAUAGACAUCGGAAAGGAAGUCCUCGCACUCUGCGACCGCGUUCGCGACGUUGAUUUGUUCGAUCUAGGCGUCUAUCUUGAAGAUCGCGAGAACUUACCCGCCAUUGUCCGCCCUAUAAGCCGCGACCUCAUCCAAGCGCGUGAGGAGAAAGCCGCGCAGGCGCUGCAGAAGCAACGUGAGAAGGAGGCGAAGGAAAAGGAGGCGCUAAAGAAGCUUGAGAAGGGCAAGCUCAGCCACUUGGAAAUGUUCCGGACGAACGAGUACAGUGCGUGGGACGAGGAAGGGAUCCCUACUCGCGAUGCUGCAGGAGAGGAGGUCGCAAAGAGCCGGACCAAGAAGCUCCGCAAGGACUGGGAGCGACAGAAGAAGCUUCAUGAGACGUGGUUGGCGAGCCAGCAGGGUAGCAAAUGA